CUAGAAACUAUUAGGUUCUUUUUCAAAUAUUCUUGAUUAUUUUAUAGUCAUUUGCUAAUUACUCGUAUUUCCAUUUUUCUUUUUAAUUUUAGACAUAUAUACAUAUAUUUUGUAUAAUGAGCCCUGGUGGUGCAGUGGUUAAAGCACUUGGCUGUUAACCAAAAGGUUGGCUGUUCUAACCCAUCAACCCUCCACAGGCAAUCUGCUCCCAUAAAGAUUUACAACCUUGGAAACCUUAUGGGGCAGUUCUACUCUGUUCUGUAGGAUCACUGAUUCCAAAUCGACUUGAUGGCAGUGGGUUUGCACUGCAUCUAAUAUUUCCAGUAUCCUAAGUCUUUGUAUGUGUCAUUCUCCAAUCUCUUGUUUCUAAAGACUAAUUCAUUAUGCGCUUUCCAUAAGUGUUUUGUGAUGUAUUAAAAUGAGUAUAUAGAUAGAUAGAUGAAUAGGUAGGUAGGUAGACAGAUAGAUGAAUAGACAGAUAGGCAGAAAGGCAGACAGAUAGAUAUAUAAUAUUUGUGUGUGUAUGUGGUGUUGUUAGGUGCUGUUGAGUCAAUUCCAACUCAUAGUCACUCUGUGUACAACAGACCAGAACAUUGGCCAGUCCUGCACCAUUCUCACAAUCAUUACUGCAUUUGAGCCCAUUGUUGCAGCCACAUAUGUGUGUGUACUUAAAUAUAUAUAUUUAAACUUUAAUCUGAGAAUAUUUUGAAAUAUAGUUUGAAGGUAAACUCUUCUAGGAAAGAUUUGUAUUUACUAGGCAGCCUAUGAUUACUUGAAUUAAACAUAAUGUUUGGUUUAAAAUUUUUGUAACUGCCCAAACCAAAAAAGAACCAAACCAGUGGCCAUUGAGUCGAUUCCGACUUAUGGCAUCCCCACGUGUUUCAGAGUAGAACUGCAUCCAUAGGGUUUUUCAUGGCUGUGACCUUUUGGAAGCAGAUUGCCAGGGCUUUCUUCUGGGACACUCUGGUUGGGCUCAAACCGUCAACCUUUUAUUUAACAACUGAGUCCUUAACUGUUUGUGCCACCCAGGGACUUCUUGUAACUAUCCAGGUAGUGCAAAUUAAGGUAGCAAACAUGGUUGAGAGGUGAAUUAUUAGGAGACAUUUUUUUUUCGUUCAUUCAUCACCAAGUUUUCAGGCAGGGAUUUAUUUUGAAGGCCCUUCUAAGGUGAAAGUUUGUAUCUAUUUCAUGCUACAAUGAAGCAGUACAGUUAUUGGAAUCCAAGUUUGAUGCUGUGGGUUGACCAUUUACUGAACUGUCUACCUUGUGAAUUCACUUCUUGUUUUUUCCUCUCAUCUUUAUUCCCUGAGUAGCCAUAAAAACUGAAGCUCGAGCUCAAAUUCGCCAGUGUUUAGCUUUGUUUAUUUUACUGGCUUUCCAUCUUCAGCUUCUGAUUUGUCCUUACAUUCUUACCAGGUCAUCAGGGCAUUUAUGAAGACCUUUUGCAUAUUUUAUUCAUCAUUUUUAAGCGUUUUCAAAUAGAUGUUCUGUCAGGGUGUUUAGCUUCCCAAAUACUAGAAAUAUAAAUCUUAUGAUUCACAAAUACAGAGAAGAGAAAGUACAGCUAGAUUAGAAAAUUAACUGAUUAAGGAUGGUAAAAUUGAGGUAUGUGGUAUUGUAAGAAAAAAUGUGCAAUGUUAAAUUAAUUGAGCUCUUAGUCAUAAAGACCUAGAGAAAAUGAAGAUCCUGACAUGUGCAGUUAACCUAAUGGAUAGUAAAGAGAUGGUGGAGACAAGAUUUUGUGCUAACAUUUCCCAGCACAAGCUAUGAGAUGGCAUUUUUAGCUCAGAACUGAGUAGUGCUCUACAGAAAAUUUUUGAGAAUAGGGAGAAAGAGGCGAGAGAGCAGUUUUAGAGUGAGUACAAGUUACAUUUACAUAUUUACAACUCAGAAUAGUUUAACUCUAUUCUUUCACCUUGUUCCUGGUCAAGUUACCCUAAAACUCCAGUUUCUCUAUACUUCGAGAGCAGGAGGUUGUGUACUUAUUGCAUAUAUGUUGACAUAGAUUAUCAGGAAUGAAUUAUAUUCUUAAGAGGAAAAACAAACAAACAUUUUUGGGUUCUGAAGUCCACAACUUAUGGUUCCCUAUAACAUUCUGAAACACACAGAAGAAUCUGUGUUAUUGUUUGUGAUAAGACCAAAGAGCCAUGAAAAGUACCUUUAGAACAUUAAGAUUACCCAUUGGAAGCUUCUCAGGGAUUUGUCUCCAUAUUCUCUGGUGUGAAGUUGGGAACCAGGUGCACACCUUGCAUAUACCUAGUGAACUUUACUCUUGGCUUAAGGUAGAAGCUAUAUAAGCAUAUAUACACCACAGAUCUGUGGAAAGAAAAUUGAAUGGGAGUGUUUUUUUGCUCAAUUUUGUGUGUAUAUCAUAUAUAUUUGCUUAUAUUUUGAGCAAUUACUAUGUAUAGAUAUUUAAUUUUGUUGGUUUACAGAGAUUUAACCCAUGAAUUAUGCUGUCAUUAAACUUAUAAUCAACUUGAGAAAGAAAAUGUAAAAAUAUGUUAUUGUAACAAUUUAGGAAUAAUUAAAUGUUAAACCUUAUGGUACUGAUGCUAAGUGCAGUAGGAGUUGAGGGAAGGCUGAGCUUUGAGUGAGAUUGACUGGGAUAAAGGUUUCCUGGAAUAAAAGGAACCAUAGCUGGGGACUUGGAAGGGUUAAGGCAGAACAGGGAUCAGUUUACAAGUUAUGGCAUGUCAGGGCAUAAGAAUGAGCACAGCAGAGACUUACUGUGGAAAGCUGAGACUUGCCUCUCCCUGAUACACAGCAUCAUCUCAUCUCUGAUUUCCCCUUUGUCCUCCAUCUAGCUGCCUCUUCCCACUUCAUUCUCUACCAUAUCACUUUGUGCAUGCGUGUAAUGUUCCAGUACCAAUUGAAGAACUGCUAGGGAUUCCAGGGAAGAAAUGUGGUACUAUCAUACUUACAGCAGAGGAAUUAAAUUGUUGCAGGGAUGCUGUUUUGAUGCAAUUUUGUGCAAACAAAUUGGACAAGAAGGACUUCUUUGGAAAAUCUGAUCCUUUUCUUGUAUUUUAUCGAAGUAAUGAAGAUGGCAGUUUUACAAUUUGUCAUAAAACAGAAGUUGUUAAGAACACUCUGAAUCCUGUGUGGCAAGCGUUCAAGAUCUCAGUCAGAGCUUUAUGUAAUGGAGAUUAUGACAGAACAAUCAAAAUAGAGGUUUAUGACUGGGAUCGAGAUGGGAGUCAUGAUUUCAUUGGAGAAUUUACAACAAGCUAUAGGGAACUUUCUAGAGGGCAAUCACAAUUCAACGUAUAUGAGGUCGUGAAUCCCAAGAAGAAAGGAAAAAAGAAAAAAUAUACUAAUUCUGGAACAGUAACUUUACUGUCUUUCUUGGUAGAAACUGAAGUAUCAUUCCUUGACUACAUUAAGGGAGGAACGCAAAUCAACUUCACAGUGGCUAUUGAUUUUACAGCAUCAAAUGGCAAUCCUGCCCAGCCCACUUCUCUCCACUACAUGAAUCCUUACCAACUGAAUGCCUAUGGUAUGGCACUGAAGGCAGUGGGAGAAAUUGUUCAAGAUUAUGACAGUGAUAAAAUGUUUCCAGCUCUAGGUUUUGGUGCAAAACUGCCUCCGGAUGGAAGGAUAUCUCACGAAUUUGCUUUGAAUGGUAACCCUCAAAACCCCUACUGUGAUGGUAUUGAGGGGGUCAUGGAGGCUUAUUAUAGGAGUCUGAAAUCUGUACAACUCUAUGGACCAACCAACUUCGCUCCUGUAAUUAAUCACGUGGCAAGAUAUGCUUCUUCCGUAAAGGAUGGUUCCCAGUAUUUCGUGCUCCUGAUUGUGACAGAUGGUGUUAUCUCAGACAUGGCUCAAACUAAGGAGUCCAUAGUUAACGCCUCAAAACUUCCAAUGUCAAUAAUUAUAGUAGGCGUUGGACCAGCAGAGUUUGAUGCAAUGGUCGAAUUGGAUGGAGAUGAUGUUAGAGUCUCUUCCAGAGGAAAGUAUGCUGAAAGGGACAUUGUUCAGUUUGUACCAUUCAGGGAUUAUAUUGACAGAAGCGGAAACCACAUACUGAGCAUGGCUAGAUUGGCUAAAGAUGUCCUAGCUGAGAUCCCCGAGCAGUUUCUCUCCUAUAUGAGGGCCCAUGGAAUCAAGCCAUCACCUGCACCUCCCCCAUACACCCCGCCUACACAUGUGCUACAGACUCAAAUAUGACUGUGCUCCCAAAUGCUGAACGUUAACUACACAUCAGUGAGAACUGCUGAGUCAAUGCUUUGUGCCUGGUGCUCAGUAAUGAACCAGGGAAUGAGAUACUUUUCUCAGUUUGGUGUCAGCAGUACUAGUUAAUGUGCUUUCUUGGAUCCAAAAUGAAUUCUCUUCAUAAACCAAAACUGUAAAUAUGGUUGUUGCAUGAGCAACAGAAAACUUGUUUAAAUGCUUGAAGCAAAAUAUGGUUGUCUUCUCUGAAUCUUUAAUUUUUGUUUUGGACAGAAAUAGCUAAUUUCCAAUAUAUUGUUGGGAAAUAGCUAAUUUCCAAUAUAUUGUUGGGAAAAAGCACAAACUAUGUUUUUAACUCAAAUAUGUCCUCGACUGCAAUGUGUAUAGGAAAGCAGUCUUUCUGUAUCAAUGUUUACAUGUUACUACUUUUUAAAUUUCAAUACUUUUAUAACUGUUCUUAAGAAUAAGAGUUUUGAAUUUUGAAUCCUUUGUCUUCUAAAUUGCAAUAGCUAUAAUCGCAAGAGCAAUAUCUCUUUGAAUGGCUGUCUGGACAAAUACAAUUGCAAAUAAGGAAAGGGAGAGAUACUUUCAUAUUUCUCAGUCACUGAAUUGAGUCUUACAGGGCUGCAACUGCUUAGUAAUCAGAUUCUCUGUGCUGUUUGCCAAGUAUGGGAGUUUAAGCUUAGCAGAUGUGAAUCCUGUAAGGACAUGCAUUUUUCGUGGAGUUUGGGUUCUAAAUUUUGACUGCCGUCAGUUUAUGUUUUGUAUUGCUAAAUAGAAAUAAUAAAAAGUCAAACAGUGUGAACUGUAAAUGCACAGAAAAUACUUUGUGUAAAAAGUAGCAUCUUUAUAUUAUAAUGCUGUUUAGAAAGACUACAACCAAGAAUAUUUAACUGUGAACCAUGUAGCAGAUGUUUUAAACUUUUUAUUCCAUUAUAUAUUGUCUAGAUAUUUUAAUUCAAAGGGAUACUGGCUUUCUUGAUUUCAAUUCCUUGUUAUUAGUUUUCCACAUUGCCACACAGGGUGCAUAAGAUGGAAAUCUUUUGUGAAAUUCCCAGAAAUAUACACAGCCUUGUGACUUAGUGCACAACACAUUUGUGAAAUAACUGACUCCUAUAUACUGAUCUGCUUGUCCACAAUUAAUUGUAAAAGUUUUUGCAUGUACAGUUUUUACAAGAAUUACAAUUUUGUGAAGUUGUGUCUAAAUUAAAGCAUUUUCUUUAGAACAAAUGGCCUUAAAUUCUCACUGAGUUCCAGGAAAUGAUUGUGAAUUGCCUUCGAAUAAUCAAAAAGUAUGUUUUUUUUUCUUUUAUGUCAAUAAUGUAACUGCUUUAUAAUUUUUUUCCUUACCUAUAUCCAAUUUACUACUUGGUUUAUUUCUACUGUAUGUUGUUCUAUUUGUCCACAGUUGACUUAGGGUCAACUUUUACAAGCAUGAAAAUAUUUUACUGAAAAGAAAAAUAUAUACACUACAUAUUUACAGUAUCAAUGGUAUAUAAUUAUGUAAUACUAAAUUGUCCAUUUUUAAGUAUAUAUUAAAAUCUUUAAAAGGAUAAAUAUUUGCUUUGUAAAUUUCAUGUAUGAUGAUUGGGGACUGAUGAUUUUCUUUACUGAUCUUAAAUAUUUGUGCCAGUAUAGUUUAUUAACGUACAUAUUUUUUAUUUACCUUCGUGCAGAAGUAACAGUCCAGAAACAAAAAUAAAUGAGAUCAAUAUUCUUUCCUUCUUGUGAAACAAAGUUAUUUUUCUUUGAAUUGACCAGAGGAAAUAAAAGGCACCACUCUCCUGUCUCAGUGAUAAUAUACCCACAACCUAGUAAGGGUAGAUGGAUGGAAAUGAAACAACCUCAGUUACAAAUCUUAUCCUCUAUGUGGUUGAAAAUAGCUGAACCAGAAAUACAUGUGAUGUUAGUUCUAGAUAUAAGAUUAGAACAUAUCUAGCCUUGUCCCUUUAUUGCAUACACAAAGAAACCAAAAGUAGAAGGAUUACAGGAUUAAGCCAAGGCUAUAAAACUAGAGCAAAGCUUGUUACCAUUAUGAAAUAUUUGUUUAACUACUUACAGUUUUGGAGUUACUGUUAGGUGUUAUAUAAUGAAAAUUCCCAGACACAUGCUCCAUAACUUGAAUGCAUACCAAUAGUUACGCAUACAAAUAGGUAUUGGGAUGUUCAGACAUUAGGCAAUGAGCAUGAGAAAAGUAUAUAUUUAUUGAGAGAAAAAUGAUAGAUCCACGUCAUCAAACCUACUGCAGAAAGCAGACUACAAUGGGUACCUUCAAGAAUCCUGAAGGCAUUAAAUGUUAUCCUAUCUCUUAAUCCUGUUCCCUUCCUUUCUGAUAAAAAUCUCUGGUUACUCCCCAUUUUAACUCCAGGAUGAACCCUCAGCCUUUUAUUCACACAUCUCCAUCACCUAGCCUCACCCAGUUAUAUAAUACCAUUUCCCAUUGAUUCCCAAGUGAAUAUUAAAACUACUGAAACCUGUCUCCUCAUUUUCCCCAACGCACCUGAGUUCAUUUGAAUCUUGGCCAUGUUCAUACCCUUUCCACUCAUCAAAAAUACCCACUUCUUUUGCUUCCACCUGGAAUAUUCUUUGCAUCAUUUCAGCUCAAGCCCCAACCUCUCUUAAUAGCAUUCUUUUAAAACUUUAAAUAACAAUAAUCAGUACAUUCUAUGAACCCUGCUUGGCUUUGCAUUUAGCACUGAUUAUAUUAUGUAUAAACUAUUUUAUCUUUAUCUGGGGCAUCUUGUCUCUCUGUCACUAGAGAAUACAAUUUAAUGGAACUUUUUUUUUAGGAUGUAGGUAAAUUUUAAAAGCUUCCCGGUUAAUUGUAAUGUGUAACUAGGGCUGAAAACUGCUGCAAAUAAGGAACAUCAGAUGACUCAAUCACUACUUUUAAAAUUCUGUCUUCCAGUAAGUAAUAAGGGAGCAAAGAAGAGGUGGAAGUGGACUCUUUGAACGGUGGCGCGUAAGUGGGAAGGGAGGACACUGGGAGGAGCCUUGGAACAUAGGCUAUUUUGUUUUUCAGGCUCAGUGAAGAUAAUUAGGUGGACUCAUAUGCACUUUUUUUAAUACUGUAUCAAAUCAUCACCUUAGGACAUAAAGAUAUUCCUCUCACAAGAAUGAAGUUGUUAUGCUUAUUUCUUAGAAGUCCAGCAACUACCAAAGAUUUUACCAAUGAGCAUGUCUUUUCCUUUCAGCUUGUGUGUAUUUUAAGUAUUUUCUGUCUUUGUGUUAUUCUUAUCUCUGAUUGGCACAAGAUGGUAAGAUAUUUAAUAAAACCUCAGAGUAAAGAAUAAUUUCUAUGUCAUUAGCUCAAAUUGGAUAAGUUUCAUAAUAAAGAAACAGAGCUGAGGGCCAAAUUGGUUUCUUUUGAGUGCAUGUGGUAUAACUUAAUGAAGAGCAAAAGAAUGGAAAUCUACUUGUAAAAAGUUACACUAAUGCAGAGCUUUCUCAUCAGGAUUUCACAGAUGGGCUACAGGUAUACACCUUGGGCGUAGUCCAUGGCGCCUGGUGUACUUGGGGCUCCCCAAAUCCUGCAUCCUCAUUGCCUUACCUCAAAAUAUCUUAUAAAUAUUUCCCUUUUUAAUGUACAUCUCGACAUGAAAAAGAUAGAGAACUCCUGCAUUACAGAGGUUAUUUUACCAAUAAUCUCCACUUAACAACAAAAUUUCUACUUUGAUUUUUUUUUUUCCUCUACUUAUCUUCCCUGGUAUAUUUAUAUUACAUUUAAACUGAAAAAGUACUCCCCAUGCAGCUUCAUGAGAGAAUUCUUGUGGAAAAUAGCGCCCAGAGGAACAUGGCACAAGUGUCCUCAUGAGAACCUUAGGUUUGCAGUAAUGUGUACAUCUUUUUCAUUAUAGAAUUUCUGAGAAAACUUUGUUUCCUUCUCAAUCAUCUCUUCUUUGUAAACAUUCUACCAAACACGGAAAGAAUGGGUUUCUUAAUCUGUGUAUCCCAAAACGCAUCGAGACAUAGAAUAAAGGGAUUCAAAAUAGUUGACUUUUUUCCUCAGAAAAAGCCCAAUCCUAGAGGACUUCCCCCUUCUUCUCGCCAUUGCUGUACCCUUCACCUCCACCUUCCAGCCAAACAUUCCUCCAUUUGUUCUGAUGCCUGAAACUCAUUUAACAAUAGCCAAAGCCCUUUACUCCACAAAAUAUAGACAGGUGCUGUGUUAAAAGACAUAGAACUUUUAAGAAUUAAUAAGCAAAUUUUAUAGACAACAUACUAACAUAGUAUUUGGACCAAUAAUUUUUCUAAAAGGUCUUUCUUCAUCAGAUUUUUUUCUUAAGAAUUGAUUUUUUAAUGAGGGAAGACUUGGUGUUUUGUGAGCAUAUAAAUGAUUUAAAAGGAAGUUCUGGAGGUAUAUAUAUAAGGGGAAACUAGAGACCCAACAAAUAUAAGUAUUUCCUCACGGACUAUUGCCUGAAUUGUUUAUGACUCUUCUAAUAGAUAAUCAUCCUAGCAAUGUUCACAUCCCAGAUUUCAAGUUUCACAACCUGGAUACAAUGGAGUAAGGAGCUACCAAACAGAAGUAUCAUCCAGUAGAGAGCAGAGUAAUUGCUCCAUAACAGAAUUCUUUUUCUUUAAAUUGGUGUGACCGAACUAGUCUACUGUAUAAAAAUAUUAUGUUUUUGACAUUAUACAAAGUAUACUAACAUAAUACAUACCCAGUACCGUCGAGUCGAUUCCGACUCAUAGCAACCCUAUAGGACAGAGUAGAACUGCCCCACAGAGCUUCCAAGGAGCGCCUGGCAGAUUCGAACAUAGAUUUCUCUAAAUCUAACAUUUGCAUUAAGAUUAUUAUCUAAAAGCCAUACUAAUUCUAGUUAAGACCACAAAUUUUUGAACAGUUUAAGAGGAAACAUCUUCAAACCUCAUAAGGCAUGGUUGUUUACCUUAUACUCCAUCAACCCCAACCUCAACCCUAUCAUCUGCCCUUGCUAUUAUUCUUGGGCCUUGGAGAUGCUCAGAAUGUUGAAAUCUAACAAAAGACAACCACUGAGCUGUUACACGUGGAAAGAGCAAAAGCAAACUGUCCUAAAGAUUUGCUCAUUUAGGUUUAAAGCAACAGUGAUCAUGACCUCAUGAUCAUCACAAUGUUAACCACUGAUUUAAUAUCCAUGAAACAGGCUUGCUGGACAUUCCUAAUGUAUUUAGAUAAGCAGAUUUCAUACUGCCAGGAUUUGCUAUCAGUCGAAGAGGCUGAUAUUGACCUUACAAACUGGAGGAAGGAAUAUGCUUAGGGUUGGCUUAAAAAUAGCUCCCCCUUUAGAGGUCUUACUCACCUUACAAAAUAAGUGAAUUAGAAGAAGUUGUAAGAAUGGUUCAGUAAUUUUGGCAAAGAAUAGCCAGUUUUAUAGGUCUUAAAAUGUCCUCAAUUCUGAGAGAAACGUUAAAUAAAAUGUCUAUCAAAUCUUGUUUUAAAAUAUUUAAAUCUGAACUCUUAACCAAAAUGUUGGCAGUUUGAAUCCACUAGGCACUCCUUGGAAACCCUAUGGGGCAGUUCUCCUCUGUCCUCUAGGGUCGCUAUGAGUCGGAAUCAACUUGAUGGCAAUGGGUUUGGGUUUUGUUUGUUUGUUUGUUUGUUUUUGGUUUAUCUCACCAUUUUCAAAUACAGUAAAAGGCAUAGUCUGUAGUUUAAAGAUUGGCAGAUUUGGCAUACACUUUAAAUAAUAAGUCUGAGGCAGAAGAUUGACAAGAAAAGGGGAUGGGUCCUCAGAAAACCAAGAGGCAAUCACUAGAAACUUCUUUGGGUUCACCAAGAAAAAGCUGCUAAGUUCCUAAAGUCUAUAUGCACCAAACAAAACACACAUAUAAUAUCAGUUUGCAAACCUGAGUUAGGCCAUCAAAUAGUCUUAAAAGAUGAAGAAUUAUAGGUACUUUUUUUUUCCCCUCUUAUUUUCUGGGGAUAUCUAAACCAAAACCAAACCUGUUGCUGUUGGGUUGAUUCCGACUCAUAGUGUCCCCAUAGGACAGAGCAGAACUACCCAAGGAGUGGCUGGUGGAUUCAAACUGCUGACCUUUGGUUAGCAGCUAAACUUUUAACCACUGCACCAUCAGGGCUAGUUAUAAAUCAUUGAUCUGAAACCAAAAUCCAAAGGACUAUAUAUGUGCUUGGCAACUCCUAUAAACUGGUUAUAAAAUUGCUAGAAGCUUUACCAGGAAAAGCAUGAUUCAACCAUAUGUUACACAGUGGGAGCCAAAAAGCCUAAGUAUCCAUCUUGGCUGUCUGACUUUGGAAAAUAUCACAUAAAUACUCAAACCUCAUUUUUAUAAUCCAUAUAAUGGAGUGAUAUCUCCAAGGGUCCUAAAAUACUAUCAAUCUGUGAUUCUCUCAAUUGCAGAAUUACUUUAAUUGGAGCUCACCUUGAAGAUUGACCUUUAGCAAGUCUGAUGAGAAGAAGCUAUUGAAUGAACUUAAUGUGAGGGAUUGGGCAACAAAUGAAAAAUCUCAGCUUCUUAUUGACAAAGACAGGUAAUCAGCUUAGCCAUUACUGCAAGUUAGGCAUGUCACUAUUCUGUUUGCCUCAGAAGCCAGAAAAUAUUGGAAAGGGAAGAAAAAGCCAAAAUCUCGUUGCUCUGUGAAUGUCUUUGAACUUAUUUUACAUCCCUCAUAUCCGUAUCCUUCAAAAAGGGGGUCACUAUAUACAUAUUUCCUAAUAUCUGAAUGUUCAGUAAGCAUUUUAUUUAUACUCAUCAGGGAUUUUCUCUUAAAAAUACCAAGAUUAGUCAAAAACAAAUAUUUCUUAUUAGAUCAUAUAACUUCAUUUCAUGCUCUUGAAUAAGUCAUGACCACUCUGGACCUUGAUUUCAUAUUUUCCAAAAGGGU